GUUAACAAAUUACAACAGUUGAAAGGAAUAAAACCCACCAACAAAAUUUAAAAAAGCAAGGAAAAAAAAAAAAAAGGUCCCUUGCUUCCUCUCCAAUUCAAAAAUCACAUUGGAAAAUUCGGUAGAUUCGGAUGAAAUCCGGUCGGAUCUUGCUUUCUACGAUUUGGGUCUUUGGUGGGUGUAUUUCAACAUCCAUUGUUUCUUCUCCUUCUUGCUAGAAAUCACAGCCUCUCUCUCUCUCUCUCUCUCUCUCUCUGUGUUUUCUCUUCGUCUUGGAGAAAUGGGUUUAGCUGCAGAAGCCCAAUUCCAUGUUCUAGCUGUUGAUGACAGCCUCAUAGACAGAAAGCUGAUUGAGAGGCUCCUCAAAACCUCAUCCUAUCAAGUUACUACAGUGGAUUCUGGAAGCAAGGCUCUGGAAUUCUUGGGUUUGCAGGAAGAACCGACAAACCCGCCUUCGGUUUCUUCAAACCACCAUCAGGAAAUAGAGGUGAAUCUGAUAAUUACAGACUACUGCAUGCCUGGAAUGACUGGCUAUGAUCUGCUCAAGAAAAUCAAGGAAUCAUCAUCUUUGAAAGACAUACCUGUUGUGAUCAUGUCUUCUGAGAAUGUGCCUUCCCGAAUUAACAGAUGCUUGGAAGAAGGGGCGGAGGAAUUUUUUCUCAAACCAGUACAAUUAUCAGACAUGAAAAGGCUUCAAUCUCAUCUAUUAAAGGGAAAAUCCAGGGACCAAGAACAACAACAACAACAGCCACCACAACCACAACCACAACCACAACCACAUCAACAACAAUCACAACCACAACCAAACAACAGCAGUAGCAACAACAACAACAAAAGAAAGGCUAUGGAUGAAGGCCUUUCAACUGAGAGCAGGAGACCAAGAUACAGUGGCUUGACAGUGGUCUGAUAUAUUAUUACUAGUAUUCUUAUUUUCUUAAGAAAGGAAAGCCCUGUGAGAUUUCAUUUUCCACCAUUUUUUUUUUCCUCCGAGGAUUGCCAUUUGCCGCCAUGCAUCUGCAUGUGCCAGAAGCAAGCGCUCCCACACUCGUCCUAAAUCUUGGCUGUUCAUCACCCAACUCUGCAGUAAACAUUCUGUAGUGAAAAUGAUACCAUUAGCUGGGCCUCGCUCGAGAGAAAAGAAAUGGAUAAGCGAUGAUGUGCCGCAUUGGAUCUACAUGGGUUGUUCAUGAGAAAAGAAAUGGAUAAGUGAUGACGUGCCGCAUUCGAUCAUCAGGGGUUGUUCAUGAGAAAAGAAAUGGAUAAGUGAUGAUGUGGUGCAUUCGAUCUACAUGUGUAACAACCAACGUGAUGAAUGGCUUGGAUGAUCUCAGACAUGUCGAUGCAAGUAACCUUCCUUUGGGUUUUUUUUUUUGUUCCUCAUGCACGGAGGGAAGGGGCUCAAGAAAAUGAAAGAUUUGAGAGAGGAAGAGCAUGUGUAACAUCUGUGAACACAUGUAGCCAUUCAAAUUUUGUUUUUGUUUAUAAGAUAGGCAUUUUAUAAAUGUAAUUAUAGAGAGAAGUUGUUGAAAUUUAUUGGUUAAAUCAGGAUUUUAGUUUUUAUUUUAUUUUAUUUUGUAGGGAAUUCUAAGGUCGAAUUAAUGAACUUUGCAUCUUCAAAUGGUAA